CAUACACACACAGAGACGCGAACUCUGCCACUGGCAGUAGCACGCAUCUGACGGUGUCAGUGUGGGACCUCUAACGUCAAGAAGAGCCUUAUAAUACCAAGGAGUGACAACGCCAGGAGUAAGACCACUACUGGAGUACUCUUCUUCCACUCUUCGUGCACUCUUCCUCGGCUCGCUUGUUCAUCUGUCCAUCCAUCGGUAUAUCCGUCUGUCGCCCUGACCUGUUCCACCAUGAGGAGGGGAAGCUAUGACGAUGCAGCUGCUUCCAUUCGGCCCCAUCUCCGCAGUCUGGCACAGAGGCGCCGCUCAGCUCCCUCCCUGGUCUUGGGGAGAGCCCUCGGGAUGCCCUGGAACUCCAUCAGGGAGGAGGAGCCUGUGGUGGCGGUGGAGCAGUGUGCCUUCGUGCUGGGGCUGUCGGCCGACGGCGCUCCUCUGCUAUUGGACGAGACCGCACAGCUGACGGAGGGACAGAAGACGUGCGACAGACACCUCUUCCUCUUCAGCCGAGAACUCGUCAUCGCCAAACUGAAGUCGACGGCAAGCUACCGUUUAAAGCAUCGUCUGAGUCUGGAGGAGCUGUGGCUGUUCUCCUGUGAUGAGGAAGAGGAUGAGGAAGAGGAAGAGGAGGAGGAUGCAGAGCGUCUGGACUUCGAUCUCAAAACAUCACUCGUGCUCGUGUGGCCCACAGCUUUCUGUGUGGUGACCUUUCGCUCGCCUGAGGUGAAAGGACGCUGGGUCGAGACCUUGAACAGAAAGAUCAGCGAGGCGCAAGAGAGAUCUGCCUCCAGCUCGCCUCCUCUAGGCUUCCUGAUGAAGGUGCUGAGUGGAAACAACAUGACUAAAACGCUAACAGGGGGAGGUACGGAAGCAGACAUGGACACACCUCCAGAGGGCAACGCCAUAGGCCCCGCCCCUCAGUGGCCGUUAUGCAACAGGGAAGAGGCAGCGAAGCAGCCCAUUGCAGGUCAUGGCGGCAGCCAGGCCAGCAAGCUGGGUCAGCUGAUCACCAGGAAGUUGAGGAGAAGCUCCACCCACUCCGGCCCUUCCGGCUCCAGGCGCAAGCUGUUCGGCCUGCCCCUCGCCAAGAUCUGCCUGGAGGACGGCAGCCUACCCAAGCCCAUCACGGAGAUUCUGCGGCUCCUGUGGAAGAACGGUCCAACCACAGAGGGCGUCUUCAGGAAGCCGGGCAACACCGGGAAGCUGAACGUCCUCAAGGAUGAGUUGAACAAGGGCCAGGAGGUGGACCUGGAGGCCCAGCACGUGCUGCUGUUGGUCGGACUGCUGAAGAGCUUCCUGAAGGAUCUGCCAGGUAGUCUGCUGGUGGACGAGAAGUAUGACGACUGGCUGGCUGCAAUGGAUAAGGAGGAUGAGGACCAGAGGGUGACAGAGAUCAAGAGCGUGAUCGAGACUCUCCCGCAGCCUCAUGUGCAGUUGCUGCAGCAGCUGCUGUGUGUGCUGCACCACAUCAGCCAGAACGCCCAGCAGAACAAGAUGGACGCCUGCAACCUGGCCGUGUGCCUCGGGCCCUCUCUCUUCCAUCGCAUGGACAGCCCCACGCACGCGCACGGCGGCCCGCUGCAGACCGACGAGCUGAAGAGAGUCACGCAGAAGGUGACGGGACUGACGCAGUUCCUGAUUGAGCGGUGCACUCGUGUGUUUGGUGAAGAGCUGCUGACCCUGUUUGGUGACCCAGAAGAGGACGAACUGGCUGACACCUCAGACUCCAUGUCGUCCCACCAACAUGACUCGGCCUACGACAGUGGAGACGCUGGGCUGGCAUCAGAAUGUGACAGCCGCCAUGGCAACGUCACAGCAACAGCGCGCAGGAAGGAUCCCACCAUGGUAACCUCGUGCUCCUCCGACGCCAUCUUCACCGCGUUCACCAACCCGCUCGACCGCCGCUGCUCCGAGCCCGCCAUCUUCCCCGCGACGAGAACGCACUCCCCGGCUCAGGGCCUGGCCCGCAGCCACGACGACUGCUCCGCCCACGCCCACGCCCACAGCCACGCCCACCUCUCACAUCACUUCCUGGAGAAGAAGCAGACGUCGGACGACUCCUUCCUGCUGCUCAGGCAGCGCGAGCGGAGGCUGGCCCAGGAGGAGACGAGGAGGCUGGGGGGAAGCCUUGUCAUGGACCCCCCCCUGCGUGGCGCCUCCUCCUCCGCAGCAGCAGGGCCCUCCUCCUCCUCCUCCUCCUCCUCCAGGGCCGACCGUGACCGCGACCGCGACCGUGACCGUGACCGUGACUGCGACCGCCGCACCUCCACCGCCUCCAGAGACUACUCCUCCUCCUGCUCCCUAGAGAGUGGCGCCUCCAACGUCUCCGAGGGCUCCGUGUUCACCAGCUCCCCGCUGGGCUCCCCCACCUCCACCAGGAGGCCCACGUCCACCUCCGCCAAGCCUAAAGGGGGUGCCCCUUCUUCUGCCACCGCCGGCUGCACUUCCUCCUCCUCCUCCUCCUCCUCCUGCUCCUCCUCCUUUACAUCCACCUCCAGGUCCCAGUCGGUGUCCGCGCUGUCAAAGCAGCCCCCGUCCCUGUCUGAGGCGCAGCUGAGGGCAGAGGGAGGAGCAGGAGGCGCAGGAGGAGAGGUGGUGAAGCGCCGCAGCCAGUCCAUGCGCGGGCCCAAGGGCCUCGGCGGCCUCUUCAACCGCGCCAGUGGGAAGCGACCUGAAGCGGCGGCCCAGAAAGAUGCCUUCGGAACCCUGCAGGAGGACUCCCAGAGAGAGGUCACCGAGACGACCACAGCCAUGACCGCCGCUGAGGCGACCGCUGUCUCCGGCGGCGACUUGAUCCGGCAUCCCGUGCACCGGCAGCGCCCCCUGUCGGCCAUUGAGGUGUUCCAGCACGUGGACAGCCGGCAGCCGGGCAAGCCGCCCUCGUACGAACAGGCACUGCUCAGCUCCGCCCAGCCCGCUCCGCCGCAGUACCGCCGCAGCAACGCCGGCGCCAUGACGGUGCACGCCGCCCGCGAGCACAGGUCGCGACCCGUCUCCAUGAACGAGGGCUUCCUGCUCAACCCGUCCUCAUACUCCCUCUCCGGACGGGACCCGGCGGCACGUUUGUCGGACAUUUUCCCGUCUGCGUUGUCAUUUGCGAGCCCCGAGGCCCUAGCGGCGGCGCCCGUGCCAUUCCGGGCCAGAGCCAUGUCAGAGUCCGUUUCCAGGACCAAGGACACUGUGGCCAGAAGGUGCAGCCAACCUCUGUUUGAGGAGCUCUCCUACUCCAAGGAGUCUUAUGUCUAACCGCUGUUCGAGGAACUCUCCUACUCCAAGGAGUCUUACGUCUAACCAGUACAGAGACCUGUACGGAGGUGCGUUUCUCCAAAGUGUAGUUGUUAGCAGUUAGCAACUUGGGUAGUUACCAAUGGGAAAUUGCAUUGCAACCAACAAAGUAGCUACCGAAGUUAGCAACUACGCUUUCGAGAAAUGCACCCCUGGGUUUGAGACCAAGAGUAGGCAUAUUGUAAAUGUGCCCCCUUUUAUUAAGGAGGAUAAUUUCGAACUGUAAAAAUCAUAGGAGUACUAGCUGUUCUAGUAUGGUUACCCAUCAAGGACACUAUUUCUCAGCCUUGAGGUGUGUACAAAUGUCUAGGUAUGUGUGUGCGCAACUUGUGCGGUUGAAUUUUCUUAAGUAGUACUAUUUAGAGUACAGAGUGCAGGUGUUAAAAACAAACAAACACAUAUAAACACAUCAAAGCUAUUUAAAAUAAAUAUGCUAAUAUAAGUUUCUUCAACAUAUUCCAGUCCUGAAGCUAUGUAAAUAAUGAGUGAAAAUAAUGCACGACGUAUUUCAUUGUUAAUAGCUUGUGAUAGUAAGAAUAAUGUUUUAUGAACUCUUUUCAAUGUCUUUUCAGUGUAUUUGUUGUAUUGCUUUGUGUUUUGUUUAUGUUCUUGAGUUUUGUUCAUGUUCUUGCACUGCACAAAUAUAACUUAGCUUUUGGUACAUACGUAUAUACUUUUGUAUUAACUACACUUUCUUUACUUUCCCACUACAAUAA